UCAGUGACCUGAGGAAUGAAGUAUUUGUUUAGAAGCACUCAGAAUAAUGCCACAGGUUUUGGUUUUCAAAUCACAGCCUAUUUCCUCAAGAGAGGUAUACGCCUUCGCUGCUUUGGGGGUUCACAGAAUCCUGAACUUCGUGUAUUCCCUGACAGAUUUGUGGUCUGUGUAAGUCAGCUUUCAUUCAGUCAUGAUCUUUCAACACAGAAGGAAGAGCUGACGGAAAGAGCUCUCCGUGGAGUGUCUGAUUAUUUUGCCGAGUACGCAGAGAGUCCACUUCCUCCCAGUGCAAAGCUCAAGAGAAAUGCUCUGAAAGAAAUUGUGAAAAGAGCUGAAACAAAAAGCAGCAUCAUGAGCAAAUCACAGAGCAGCAGGGACUCUGUGGGAACAUCUAGUGACUCAGUGAUUGCAGAGAUGGCAGUGAGAAGAGGUGAUAGUCCAGCUUCAUCCAGUGCCCCACUGGAGGCCAUGGGACAAGCAAAGGAUUACAUAAAGGCAGCUGAGAGCCACUGGGGGCUUCCUGCUCAAAAGCUGGAAAAUGUUCAUUGGGCCCAGCCAGAAGGCACUAGCAGCCAGCAAAAACCUCAUCCUGGGGAGUGGUUAGAGACAGGGCUUCUAAGCGGGAGCCCUGUCUGGAGAUGUGAGUCAGCAUCACCACGUCCAAAACAAAGUCCACGAGGGGCCAGAACACAACAGAAACGCAGGAACCGUGGCUCUGUGGAAGAUUUCGACCACCACAAGAGAGUUUCCUUUGGAAGUGAUCAAUUAGCCCCAAGAGAAAUAAUAGUGGAAAGAAGCAAAGCCGUCAGAGUUUUACCAACUUUAGAGCUGUCAGAUCCAGGGUUACUUUUGAAAUAAGAUUUGGCAAAAACCAUGUCUAAUGGAAAGUUGCAUGUUUUUGUAUAAAGGACACAUGGACAAAACCAAAGGAGGGGAGGAUCUAAGGUGGGAAGUGGGGAUGGCUGGGAUGGGGGUUGGGGGGAUGGAGACAACUGUACUUGAACAACAAUCAAAAAUGUGGAUAAAAAAAGAGUUGCAUGUUUUGGAAAAAUCUCUCCUCCAGACAUCUUAUGAAAAAUAAACCAGGGCUAGCAGAGCAAACCGGCUCAGCCACAAACACUGAAAGCUUAGCUACAAUCCAUGGCAGCCCAACCAAGGAAAGGAAGAAAUAUUAAAAAGAGGCCACUAACUUACCAAGGAGGAUCGCAAAAUUGAGGUUGAGAGAUAUAGUGGCCAAACCUAUGAAAAAUGAGAAGGGUGUAUAGAUGCUGUGAUUUCAAAGGAAUUAGAAUGACUUUUUUAUAGAAAAAUAUGUCUCUGUGUUAGGGUUAGCUUUCAAAGCAAUUGCCUUCAGGGGCCCAUACAAGGUCUGUCCGGAAAGUAUCCAUCCAUGA